GCCGUUGGCCAGCGGUGCCGUUGAUGGUUGGCGCCAUGUGGAAAAAGAAGCCGCUCUUUAUGGCCUCAUCGUUAGUGGAAAAGAAACACUUUGAGGAAAUUGCAUUUGGACAUGGAAUUGAUGAAACAAAAGGGAUAAAAACUUUCCCCAUGGACUUAAGCAGCAAUGAAGAGAAUUUUGUGAAAUCAAGUAUUCCAGACACUCCCGAUGUCAGUGAAGCUGUCCCUGAAUGUCCAGUGAAUAAUGUAGAAAUUUUUACUGUUCCUGAAACACAAAUGAAUGAGAUUGCAAUACCCACUAUGAUACCAGUCCGCCGUUAUAGUUUUAACCAAUCAAAGGAAAAUAUAAUAGCUGAAUCUCAGCAUUUUUUGAGCUGUUCAGAUAAAGAAAAUGAGAUACCGGUUCCACAAUAUAGAUUUACUGAGAACAAAAAGAGGCGAAGUCUAUUGAAAGAUUGUGAGACACUUCGUUCCGUUAAGCUGCCUGGGAAAAGAUUUACUAGUCCCGAUGGGGCACUGAGGUCAAAGAAAUGGAAAGGAACCCUGGUUAAAGAGAAAGGUGAUACCGCAUCCCAAGACACAGAGGCUUCCUCUGAUAUUCUUCUAGAAAAGUGUCUGAUGGCUAUUAAGCAGACUGCUUCUGGGUCUCGGCUAUGCAGCCCUGUGAAGAGAGUUGAGAAUGGGAAGCUGAAAAGUAUGAAGACAAGACAGUGUGUAAAUAGUACUUCGAAGGUGUUCCCAUUUCCAGCUACUGUACAGAAAGAUGCAAAGUUUUGUUCGAUUAGAAAGAACAAGAUGGGGAACCUACAAUUACCCACACAUACAAAUCUUUUUCCGAGAUUAGAUACAAGACGAUAUACAAAUAUACAGAAUAAAAAUUGUGAUUCUGCAUUGACUCGAGUGACAAAAACACAAUAUGAUGGCUGCAGUAAAAGGGAGGGUGAAUGGAUUCAGUCUACAAUGCCAAUGAAUAAAGCUCAGCUACAGACACUGCAAAUGCCCUCAAAGCUGGAUCUCCUGAAAACUCCAGACAUACCUGCAGAACAUCAAUGGGAACUGUGCAAAGGGGAUACUGUACCUCACUGCAUAAAUUCAAAACAUAAAAUCUGUGAAGAGACACAGACUGAUUAUACAGGCAACAAAGGAAAGGCUGUCACAGUUUUGGAGACAGAGACAUAUCAGCAUGAACUACAUUCCAAUAUAUUAAACAAAACCCGGUUUGCAGAAGUUACAUUAUCAGACAACUCACAAGAAACAAAGAUGGGGAUCAAGCUACAAAGUUUCGACAGAGCAGCAAAGAUGAGCUGCCUAAGUAAGAAGUGUUCAGAUGAUGGUGUAAGCUUUCACAAGGGUCGGUUCCAAGUUGUGACAGUGAAUGAUGUCCUUAAUUCCUGUGGAGAUCCUGAAAAACAUUUGACCAUUACAGUGAACCAGCCAGGUACUCUGAGUAACAACAGCACAGAGCGAUGUAUUCUGAGGGAUGAUUGGGACACCACUGAAGUCAAAGCUGGGGACAUAAUUCACCUUGAAGGAGAGAAACACUUGGACACCUGGAUGAUAGGAAGAGAUGUUGGGUACAUGAUCGUAAAUCCUGACCGUCUUAUCUCUGGGACUAGUGUUGUGAGUGGUAUCCGGUGUAUGCGCAGGGCUGUACUGACUGAGCGGUUUAAGGCUUGUGAAAGGGGGACAAAACAGAUGUUGGUCGGCACUUUAGUUCAUGAGGUCUUUCAAAAAGCUGUAACAAGCAAGAGGCUUACACAGCACGAACUGCAAGAAAUUACCUCUGAAACUAUUUGUACUCCAAAGUAUCUGGGAGAGAUGUACAGCCUAAAUUUGAGUCAAGGAGAUGUGGUGUGUACAGUAGAAGAAUAUCUCCCAUCGUUGGUGACCUGGGCCCAAGAUUAUAUGCAUGAUUCCCCUCAGUCUGGCAAACGCCAAUUGCAGCUUAAACUUCCUAGUGAUGGUGAUCUGAUCAAAUCAGAUUCAGCAUGUGGUAUCACAAUUCUUGAUAUUGAAGACGUUGAAGAGAAUAUUUGGUCCCCAAGGUUUGGCUUGAAGGGCAAGAUUGAUGUAACUGCUUCUGUUAAAAUUCACCGCCGGUGCAGGAGCCAGAACAGAGUCAUGCCUUUGGAGCUUAAAACUGGGAAGCAAUCCAACUCUGUGGAGCACAGAAGUCAGGUUAUUCUGUACACUUUGUUGAGCCAAGAGCUCAGGGAAGAUCCCGAGGCUGGAUUUCUGCUUUACCUCAAGACCGGUGCCAUGUAUCCAGUACCAGGCAAUCAUAUGGACAGGAGAGAAUUGUUGAAGCUAAGGAAUCAGCUGGCUUUCUAUUUGAUGAGUGGCAUAGUAUGGACAGAGCAGAAGAAAACCUGUUACCCUGCCCUGUUACCUCCAGUCAUCAGUGACAAACAGGCUUGCACAUUCUGCUCACAGCGACGUAAUUGCGCUUUAUACAGCAGGGCAGUGGAACAAGAAAUGGAGGAAUAUUUUGUGCCCGCAGAUGUGAGACCGAUUCUGCAGCAGGAAGUUCAGCACUUGGAACCUAUGCAUCUGCAGUACUUUAGGCACUGGUACCUCCUCUGUGUUCUGGAGGCACAUGCAAUUGACAGCAAGGGAGGGUCCAAAAACAUCUGGAUGCACUCUGCAGAAAGCAGAGAAUUGCAAGGUUGGUGUGUUGCUAAUCUAGUGCGGAGUGGUUGUGUACAAACUGUUUCUGAUGGACAAUAUCAACAUCAGUUCACACGAAAAAGUGGGUGCAUUUCGAAAACUGCAUUAAUAGUUGGAGACAGGGUUGUAGUAAGUGGUCAGGAGAAAAUGCUGUUUGCUGUGUCCUCGGGUUAUGUCACUGAAAUCAACGCCUCGCUGAUUACCUGUUCAUUGGAUCGGAAUCUCUCCAGACUCCCUCAGGAAACUGUCUUCAGACUUGAUCAGGAUGAAGGAGCUGGAAAUAUGAAUGUUCAUUUAGGAAAUCUUUCCAAAUUGAUGGAAAAAUCUGAAAUCAGCGAUAAGCUUCGAGAACUCAUCGUAGGACUGAGGCCACCACAGUUUGUUCCUUAUCUGAGCACUGUACUACCACUUGAAACAAAGGAAACAGUGGCUAAUAUUUUGAGAGGCCUGAACAAACCUCAGAAACAAGCAAUGAAACGGGUGUUGUUGUCAAAGGAUUACACGUUGAUUGUGGGCAUGCCUGGGACAGGGAAAACUACCACUGUCUGCACUCUGGUGCGGAUUCUUUAUGCCUGUGGUUUCAGUGUCCUCCUUACCAGCUACACCCAUUCGGCUGUGGAUAACAUUUUAUUGAAGCUGGUUAGAUUCAAAGUGGGCUUCCUGCGUUUGGGCCGGAAGCAGAAGGUUCACUCUGAUAUCCAGAAAUUUACUGAUGAGGAUAUCUGCAAAAGAAAAUCCAUCCGAAGUCUGGCUGAGUUGAAAGGGCUGUAUGAGAGUGAACUGGUGGUUGCAACAACCUGUAUGGGAAUGAAACAUCCCUUAUUCGGUCAAAGACGUUUUGAUUUUUGUAUUGUGGAUGAGGCAUCCCAGAUCAAUCAAUUGAUAUGCCUGGGCCCCUUGUUUGCUGCUGAUCGGUUUGUAUUGGUGGGAGAUCAUCAACAGUUACCACCUGUCAUUCAGAGUUCACAUGCCAGAGCUCUGGGAAUGGAUGAGAGUUUGUUUAAACGUCUGGAGAAAAAUUCCGAUGCAGUGGUUCAGCUAAAUGUUCAAUAUAGAAUGAACAGAACAAUAAUGUCACUCAGUAAUACGUUAAUGUAUGAGGGAAAGUUAGUCUGUGGAUCUGAACAAGUGGCGUCCGCAAUGUUAAAGCUGCCCAAGUCGUGUGAACUGGCCAUAGAUAUUCCAGGGGCUUCCUGGUUGAAGAGUGCUCUGGAGCCAAAUAAUCCAGUUUGUUUCCUUAACACGGAACAGGUUCCAGCCCCUGAGACGGAAGAACAGUGUGGAGUGAGCAAUGUAACCGAGGCUGAUCUGGUGUACUGUUUGAUAACAGUUUUAAUAAAGGCUGGAUGUAAGCCUUGUAAUAUUGGGAUUAUUGCACCAUACAGACAGCAGCUUAAGACAAUCUCAGUUUUGCUGAUGAAGGACAAAGCUUUCAGUGCUGUUGAGGUGAAUACGGUGGACAAGUACCAGGGCAGAGACAAAAGUGUUAUCAUUUUGUCCUUUGUUAGGAGUAACAGUGAAGGAAAGCUUGGAGAAUUAUUGAAGGACUGGCGAAGAUUAAAUGUAGCUCUGACUAGAGCAAAACACAAGCUGGUAAUGAUGGGAUGUAUAUCAACCCUGUGCCAAUAUGCUCCUUUGAAAAAAUUACUGGAUCACUUGAAGAAUGAAGAAAUGAUCAUUGACCUUCCUCCUGCAGCACACCAACUCACUACUGUGAACUGAGCCAAUUUAUCAUUGUGAAUAAUGCGAAGAUUGUGAACAGCUGCUUCCUGGUACACAACUCAGUGAAUAAGUAUACUAAGAUCUUAGCAUCAUCUACCUCCUUGAUAAGUGUUAUUUCUCUUAUCAAUGUUUGACAGUAAUUUGAAUUUUAUUGUAUUAUUAAAUAAAAUUUCAAGCCCUGAGAUUCUUAUUGCUGAAUCAGUUCAAAAAUACUUCUAUCCUUUCAUGUUCUUUGUGAUAUUGAAGACAAGUAUCGUGACUGGUUUGUUUAAAGCUAACUGCAUUAAGGUUGAAAACCUUUUUUUCCACCAGGUGACUAUGCAGAGCAUUUAUAACAUUGCAGCCCAAAGCAUGUAAUUGCAUAGUACUGUAUGCUGAAACCAGCAUGUGAUUGAUUACGAUCAUACUGAGCCAUUGUGGCAUGUCUGAACAGUAUAAGUAGGUGAGAUGUUCAAUCAUUAUGCACUUGGCAGUAACUGAACAUUUUCAUGUUGUAUAAUGUCUAUAUUCUGGUUAAAAAGUUACUUGAGGGGAUUCUGAAGGACUGGAUGUAUCCCUCAUUUGGGUCUAAUGAGGGAUAACUUGGGAAAUUGUUUUUCAAGGAUGUAACCAAGAGGAUAAAUGAAGGUAGGAUAGAUGAGUGGAUGAUAGAUGAAAAAACCAAGAGGAUAGGUAAGUGGACAUUGUCCAUGUGGACUUGAGCAAGACCUAUGACAAAGUUCCUGGAUAGAGGUUAAUCUGGAAGGUUGGAUUGCAUGCAAUCUAGAAAGAGCUAGCUAAUUGGAUUUGUAAGCAGAGAGUGAUAGUUGAAGGUUGUUAUCAAGGACUGGAGACAUUGGACUAGUGGUGUACUACACAGGUUGCAACUGAGUAUGUGUUCUUUUGAUUGACAAAAUCAGCAUAAUCACCUAGUGUAGCUAAUGGACUACCUUCGUACAAUACUUUUGAUGAUUGCAUUCUCCAAAUCUUCAUUCUCAUUGUAACAUUCAAGAUGACUGUCUACACCUUCAAAUUCUUCGUAGUUCCUAAUUUGUUGAAGUAAUGAAAUCAUUUCAUUUUCACCUCCAGCUGUUUCUUGCAUCUCCAAGCCUGAAUGUUCGAAACUGCAGUGAGCAAAACAGUUCUGAAUUGUCUUGCUGCUCAUUUCUUGCAAACUAUCAGUGAUAAAAGUCAUUGCAUUUUGAACACAAAUACGUGUAACUACAUGAUUUAGAAACUGUUCACCCUAAGCACAAUGUAGUGUCUAGUGCAGGGGUAAGCAACCUUAAACAUAAAUUAUUUUCUAGCAUGCGUUAUUCAUUAAUUUGAGGCAAAACAUAACUAGAUGUUUUUAAAUGGAUAAUUCCUAUAUUUCAAGUUUUUUAUGGCAUUUAUCUGGCUCAUCGUCUGCACAUUAAUAUGCAGUCCAGCCCACAGAGGCAAAAAGGUUGCCAUAAGACCAUAAGACAAAGGAGCAGAAGUCGGCCAUUCAGCCCAUCGAGUCUGCUCCGCCAUUUUUGUCGACCCCUGGUCUAGUGGCUACACAAGUAUAAGCGACUGACGCUAGUUAGAAACUGUUAACAGUCUCUUGUCCUAAUUAAGUGGUGUGGUGCCCUAAAUAAACAAGUGGAAUCCUUGCUAUUUUGUUCUUUAAGUGUUGUCCCAAAUAAGUGGCUGCCCUGAUUAACCAAUGGCCCAAUUAAACGGAAUAUACAGAUUGAAGACAGCAGGGGUGUGGGACAAAGAUGUUCUGGGUAAAAUUUCAGCCUGGUCUGAUUGGAUGAAACUUGUAUUUGAUUUGUGAAAUGUGUUGGGCAGUCUUGAUACAGAUCCCAAUGGGAUUGGGCCUUUAACCUUAAUUCCCAUAAUUUCACUAUGUACACUGUCCAGCCACAGAAACCGUGAGUAUGUGAAAAAGAAAAUGUCUCACCCAAUUAGGAAAAGAUGGAGAGAAGUCACAGAGCCUUUUUCUGUUCUGUAGAAAUAUAUAUUUUUCUUUGUGUGAUUAAUGAUUCUGGUGAGUCUUUGCACUUUGCCUUUUAAUACUUUUCCUGUAAUGAGGUGUCUAAAGCUACACAGUGAACUACCUGAUGCUUUAUCCCAAAAUCUCUUGACAGUGAGAAGCAGAUAGGUUGAAAUUGAGCUCCCUUUUUUUGCCAGUUUUAUGAAAUAUGAGGGGGGUGUGCUGUGGUGAAGAGAUGGUAGUCUCUCCUUUAGGGAUGAUGGAGUGUUCUUUUAAGAUGGAUUGACAUUACCCUUCCCUUUCUUACAUCAGAGUGUGGGAUGAGGGUGGUCCUUGGGCCAAUGUGUAGGUGACGCCUGCACAGCUGAGAGAAGCUGUAACAAGGAGAUCCUUGGUUCAAGUUGUCCUGGCUCCUGAACUCAACCGUUGCCAGCAGUGCCUUCACAAGUAAGCCUUGUAGAUUAAUAAGCCACCAGAUAUGAGCUCAGAUGACAAAUGAUAAUGUCCUACUUACACUACAGCACUCCUCAGCCUGAGCACCAGCCAGUCUGAAUCUUAAACUGCCUUUGCACACUGCAGCCUUGAUCAUGACUGGUCUGUGCCUUCAGCUGCUGGCGCGUGAUUUUUUUGGACCAGUCUUUUCAGAAUGCACAGCAAGUCUUUCUUUUCCUUUAAGUGUACAUCAUUGACCUUCCUCCUGCAGCACACCAACUCACUACUGUGAACUGAGCCAAUUUAUCAUUGUGAAUAAUGCAAAGAUUGUGAACAGCUGCUUCCUGGUACACAACUCAGUGAAUAACAUACUAACUUUUUAGCAUCUUUUACCUCUUCAUUAAGUGUUGUUUGUCUUAUUAAUGUAACCUAUGUUUGACUAUAAUUUGAAUAUUAUUGUCUUAUUAAAUAAAAUUUCAAAACCAGAAAACCUUAUUGCUGAAUCUGUUCAGAAUUAUUUGUGCCCUUUCAUGUUCCUUGUAAAUGGAAAGAGAAAUAUUAUGACUGGUUUGUUUAAAGCUAACUGUAUUCGGGUUCAAAACCUUGGUUUUUUUUCCACCAGGUGACUAUGCAGAGCAUUUAUAACAUCGCAGACCAAAGCAUGUAAUUGCAUAGUACUGUAUGCUCAAACCAGCGUGUGAUUGGCUACGAUCAUACUGAGCCAUUAUGACAUGCCUGAACAGUAUUAGUGGGUGAGAUAUUCAAUCAUUAUGCACUUCGCAGUAACUGAACAUUUUCAUGUUGUGUAAUGUCUAUAUUCUGGUUAAAAAAUUACUGGAGAGGAUUCUGAAGGACAACAUCUAUCAACAUUUGUAUAGGCUGGGUCUAAUGAGGGAUAACUUGGGAAAUUGUUUCUCAAAGAGGUAACCAAGAGGAUAGAUGAAAGGAGGAUAGAUAAGUGGGUGAUAGAUGAAUUAACCAAGAGGAUAGAUAAGUGGACAUUGUCCAUGUGGAUUUGAGCAAGGACAAUGACAAAGUUCCUGGUUAGCAGAUUAAUCUGGAAGGUUGGAUCGCAUGGAAUCUAGAAAGGGCUAGCUAAUUGAAUUUGUAAUUGACCCAGUGGUUGGAAGCAGAGAGUGAUGGUUGAAGGUUGUUUAUGGGACUGGAGGCCUGUGACUAGAAGUGUACUACAGGGUUUGGUACUGGACUUUUUAGUUUAUUUCUAUAAACAAUUGAGACAUUAUGUUGCAGUUGAACAAAACGUUGACGAGGCUGCACCCCUUUCUAUUUCGUUUAAUGCCCUAUCCACUGCCCUAGUUAGGUGAUAUGCCAGGACCUAGGUCCCAGCAUGAUUCAGGUGGAGCCCAUCCAUCGGAACAGCUCCUUCCUUCCCCUAUACUGGUGCCAAUAUCCCACUAAUUUAAUCCUACUUCUCCAACACCAAUCUUUGAGCCGCACACUUAGUUCUAUGAUCAUAUUUACCCUGUGCCGAUUUGUACUUGGGUAAGGUAACAAUCCAGAAAUUAUUGCCUUUUUGGUUUUGCAUUUUAAUUUAGUCUCCAACUGCUCAAAUUUCUUCAGCAGAACCUCUUGUUCUUCUUGCAUAGUUGGUACUCAAAUGAUCCACAACAACUGGAUCUUCCCCCUCCCACUCCAAAUUCCUCUGCCGGUUA